UACGGACUUGCACGUUGUUGGUAAUGGCCAUGGUCCCUAAGGUAUUAUCUUGAAGGUUCAUGGCUUUGUCACUAAAUACUGGUUUUACUUUAAUAUGUAUUUUGGUGCUGGCAAUGCUUAUAAUUGUCCAGCAUUCGGGAAUAAUGAAAGUGGACAAAAGGAUUGCCAAAUCUUCGCUUCCUCCUAUAAAAAAGGAAUCAAAGUGGGAAAGGUGUAAAAGCCUCAUUUUUGGGGAAGUUAAUAGACCUUCAAUGACAAAGAACAAUGACUCUAAAAUCCUCUCUGUCUAUAAGCCUGAUGAAGAUUGCGACCACGUUUUACGCACUCGCUUUCCUCAUCCUUGUGUGACGAAAGAAGAAACAUCAUUACCGAUCGCUUAUGGCUUCACAAUCUACAAMGGUGCCUCCCUGUUUGAGAGCAUUCUCCGGGCUAUCUACAUGCCACACAAUGUUUACUGCAUUCACAUCGACAAGAAAUCCCCAGAACUCUUUUAUCGAGCCAUCCAGGCCAUGAUACGUUGUCUGCCUAAUGUAUUUAUUGCAGCCAAGAGGGUUGAUGUUGUAUGGGGACAUUUUUCGAUUGUUCAAGCUCAGUUUCAAUGCAUGAAGGAACUUUUAGAAUCACCAGUGAAAUGGAAAUAUUACAUUAGUCUAAUUGGGCAAGAUUUUCCGCUAUACGAGAACAAGGAAAUCGUAGCAGCAUUAAAAAUGCUUAACAACACAAAUAGUAUCGCUAGUUCUCCAAUUCCGAAAGUUAACGCAAAACGAACUUUGACGGUCUUUAUUUUAAAAGACGGUUUCGUUCGAACGACAGGGAUUAAAAAGUCCCCACCGCCUCACAAUAUGUCUAUCUACAUGGGAGCCACACACAUUGUCGCCAUUAGAGACUUUGUCAGGUUCGUUCUCUACAGCCAGAUUGGGAAAAACUUUACUGAGUUCCUGAAAGACACCUUAAUUCCUGAUGAGAUUAUUUACGCCACCUUACAACAGCAUCAACUGGCCCCAGGGGGGAUCCGUGGGGAACAACCAGAACUAAUCUCACGCGCUUUGUACUGGGAAAAUACAGGUUUUACGUGUCACGGUCAAUGGGUACGAUCGUUGUGCUGGUUAUCUGUCAAAGAUUUGCAGUGGGCUUUGGGUAAAAGCAUGAAAAACAAACUUUUCGUUCACAAGAUUCCGUUUGACUCAAACGACGACAUACUAGAAUGUCUUCUUGUUGCAAGACAAGGAAGAGAAUACGGUUUGGACGUUUGGAACGCAAGCACAACGAUUUUGUAAGACAGUUGUCAGAAAAAAUGUAAAAAUAUGUUGCGAUAAACUAAACUAAAGUAAUACGGGAUUUUUCAGUAAGGGAAUGUCCAUUUUGAUUGGGAAAUAUUCUUUAUUUAACAUGAUCAAUAAGACGCCGCUACAGACGUAGGGGUGCCUGUAUAAUGCACAGAGAACUAGUACAGCUGAAGAAGUUUGCAAUGUUAGCCAAACGAUAAUGGAAUGUCAGCUAACUCUAGACAUCCGAACAUGUCUCAUGUACAGAAUGAAAAGAAAUUUUCCCAUGACGAAGACCCAAAAAUAAAUUUGCAAAUCUUGUCAACAUAGUCAGGUUGCCAAUGAAUUAAAGAAUUUUUUUUCGCAUAUAAUUUUUUUUCUAUCAAAUAACUUGAAUGUACAAUGUCACCAUCAGUAUAAAUAUCGAUCAAAUUACAUUACACGAAUUUGUGGCUCGUUUUUAGAGUUGUUUCAAUUCUUACAUGUGUAUCAUAGCCAAUGUUAAUAUACACCUAUCAAAAAAAAAAAAAAA